ACAAUAUACUGGUGAGAGUUCCCACCGACCAAAAGGGUUACUUUGUUCUUCAUGUUAUUUUUUAUUUUUAACACAUAUAAUAGAUGGAUGAGUUCUGUAUCUUCACAACAGUCUUGGGUUCCAUCCAGGUCUAUACGAGAAGAAACCUGAGAACUGAGCAUCAUAAAUCCAUUCUUCUAAAGAAAAAGGAAACUCUAUAGAAGUGGAGAGAAACUUCUGUCCUUCUCAGAGCAGAGACACCCAGAGACCUCCGAGCAUCUCCCUCCACUCUACAGACAUGGGGGCACUCUUCGGAUUCAUCGUAUUGGCAGCAGCAUUGUCAGAUCUGGGAUCUGCGGCAAAUAAUUCAGUGUGCGGCACCCCGACGGUCUCCAACAGAAUUGUUGGCGGCACAGAUUCCGUGGAAGGCGAAUGGCCUUGGCAGAUCAGUCUCUACUUCAAAGGCCAGCAUAUUUGUGGAGGUUCCCUGAUCUCCUCACAAUGGGUGCUGACUGCAGCCCACUGCUUUGGCGAGUCAAUAUUGCCAAAGGAUUACCAAGUUUAUCUGGGGCUAAACCAGCUGCAUGUGAAUUCAACUCAUAUGGUUGUUUCCCGCGUAGAAACCAUCAUCUUGAACAGCCAAUAUACCAGCACAGGGUCCGUCGGGGACAUAGCUCUGGUAAAGCUAAGCAAUCCUGUCACCUUCACAAAAUACAUCAUGCCCAUCUGCCUGCCAACAGCCUUUGAUGACUUCCCCUGUGGCAUGGAUUGUUGGGUGACCGGCUGGGGAACAACAUCCUUUGAAGGGCAACAACCUGUUAACGGCAUCCUCCAGAAAGUUAUGGUUCCCUUAAUUGAUUCCAAAACAUGUGACCAGAUGUACCACAUGUGGUCCUUGGAAAAUCCUAACAAUGUAAUUAUCCCGGAUGAGAAGAUAUGCGCUGGCUUUGAACAUGGACAUAAGGAUUCUUGCCAGGGUGACUCAGGUGGACCUCUGGUGUGUAACGUCCAGAAUGUUUGGUACCAGGUUGGGAUUGUAAGCUGGGGAGAAGGCUGUGGCUUCUUCUUCCGUCCUGGGGUGUACACCCUUGUCACAGCCUAUCAAGCCUGGAUCAACACCUACCUGUCAGUACCAUUUACCAACGUGCCAGAAAUCCCACCACCAACCAAGACAUGUGAAGAAUUCCUCAAACCAGAGGGUUUAAUCGGUGAUGGGGCUGCUAACCUUUCAUACAACCCAUGGAUGCUCCUGGCAUUAGGCGGUCUUCUGUUCACUUCUUACAUAAAUUCACCGAAAAGCCGACCUGGUCUCAUCGUCCUUCACUCUGUACCAAUGGGGACGCUUGCUUUGCUGACCAUAAUGGCCGCAGUCCGCCAUGUUGCCUCUGUGGAAAACCCUCCGGUGUGCGGCUCUCCUGUGGUCUCCUCCAAUCGAAUAGUUGGAGGUACAGAUGCUUUGGAUGGGGAAUGGCCUUGGCAGGUCAGUCUGCAGCUUGCGAAUAUACAUUUCUGUGGGGGCUCCCUAAUCUCCCCCCAAUGGGUGCUGAGCGCAGCACAUUGCUUCGAAGGGCCACUCGAAGUAGAGCUUCUUAAAGUGUAUCUCGGCCCCUACAAGCUGUUUGGGUCUAUUUCCAGCACCUCCGUCAACGUAGAGUCUGUCAUUGUUAAUGAGAACUAUGCAAAGACCGGAGACGUUGGGGACAUCGCCCUGGUGAAGUUGGCACACCCAGUCAGCUAUGAUAAAUAUAUCAUGCCAAUCUGCCUGCCAUCUUCUUCUGUCACCUUCCCCUGUGGAAUGGAGUGCUGGGUGACCGGCUGGGGGACAACAUCUUACAAUGGGGAUUCACCUGUAGAUGGGAUCCUCCAGCAAGUGAUGACUCCACUCAUCGACUACAAAACUUGUGACCUGAUGUAUCACGUGAACAGCAAUGAAAACAACAAUACAGUUAUUAUCCAAGAUGAAAAGAUAUGUUCUGGCUACAGAGAUGGGCUGAAGGAUGCAUGUCAGGGUGAUUCCGGAGGACCUCUGGUGUGUAAAGUUCAUGGCGUCUGGUACCAGGUUGGAGUUGUAAGCUGGGGAGAAGAUUGCGCGGCUCCCAACCGCCCCGGAGUGUACACCCUGGUGACAGCCUAUCAAGCCUGGAUCAGCAGAUACCUCAAUGUGACCUUCGUCAAUGUGACAGGAAUUCCUCCACCAACAAACACAUGUGGAGGGGACUUCAUCAGCAAAACCACUGCUUAUCCAUCCAGCACAGUCACAGACAAGGCCUAUCACCUUUCACGCCAUCACUGGAUGAUCCCGGCCCUAGCUGGUCUUCUUCUCACUUAUCUUUAACCACAAACUGUCUUCAGAAUCAGAAGAGGAACUUGCAUCUUCCCAUCUUUAUUAACCACUUCAGCCCCGGAAUUUACCCCCUUCCUGACCAGAGCACUUUUUGCGAUUCGGCACUGCGUC